GUAUUACAAAGCAGUAGCUCUUUUUCAUCAGCUGUGGUACCUGCUGCUAUUCACAAUCAGCUCCGUAUCAAAAUUCUCCUCUACCAACUACCUCCACAAGACUGUGAUGAGAGAUAUUGUCCCUUCAUUGGUGAAGAGGAAAGAAAGCAACUCCGUACCUUUGCUGCAUGGCGGCGGCAGGAAUCGCUGGGACAGGGAGUUUUACGUCAUCUGCCUCUUACAGCUCAAGAGUACUUAUGCAGAAAUUGCGAUAAGAAUAUAAUCAGAGGAGACCAAGGUGUAUUUGCCUCUAAGCUGGGUGAACAGUGCUGGUGGCAUCCUACCUGCUUUGUCUGCCACGUUUGCCAGCAACCACUCAUAGAUCUCAUUUACUUCCAUCGCGAUAAUAAGAUUUUUUGUGGCCGGCACCAUGCAGAAUUUUUCCGCCCUCGCUGUGCUUCAUGUGAUCAGCUGAUCUUCACUUCCGAGUGCGUGGAGGCAGAAGGCAUGCGCUGGCAUGAAGAACACUUUUGCUGUCUCGAGUGUGACUUGCCCUUGCGCAUUCAGCAAUAUGUGAUGAAGGGUGGACAACCCUGCUGUUGUGCUUGCUUUGAGAGUCUUUAUGCAGAUAUCUGUCAAGCCUGUGGUGAGAUUGUUGGUGUCAACAGUAAACAGAUUGUACUACAAGGUCAACACUGGCACAGCAAAGACUCGUGUUUCUGUUGCAGCUUUUGCCGUAAAGCACUGCUGAGUCAGCCCAUCACCAUUCACAAUGGUCUUCUCUUCUGCUCUGAGGCCUGUAGUUUGGAAAAGGAAUCAGCUUUGUCUUCCAGUGGCUCGGAUUCCUCUGACUCUGCUUUCAUCUCUGCUCCAUCCCCAGACUUCACCCCAAUUUCAAGAGCUAGAAACAGCAGCCUUGACUGCUCUUCCAAAACUGGGAGAACUCAACGAGAUGGCCGUGAGGAAAGGGCAGGUGCAGCUGUGACUGAAAGGCUUCACUCAUGUGGUAAUUCCUCAGUGUAUGCCGAGUUUGACGGCCAGGAGGAAUCAGUAUCUUUCAGAAAUAGAACUAUCACCCCACAGCUUCAUGUAUUUGAGUCAUUGACUGUUUCACCUCAAGAGGAUGUACGAAUCUCCAUCUCUCAUCCCAUGGACACACCUUGGAGCACCACAGUUGUGAGGGGUAAUCGCAACUUGAAAACAUAUUUUCAAGAAACAUCUCGGCCACAAGCGGACUUCCACUUCAAAAGCAGGCACUCUGUAGCCUCACAGGCAUCUGUAUUAAUUAUGGAUUUUCCAGACAGAAUAUACGAAGGCAGCCCUGGGGGAAAGGAAGUUACUAUGGAAGAUGAUGAUUCCAAGUACCUCACUUGCUCAUCCUCAUCCUCUUCUGACUCUGAGCCAGAAGGUUUCUUCUUUGGGAAGCCAAUUCCAAAGCCUGGUUCCAGAUAUGGAGCUUUUGCCAAUAUGGAGCAGGAAACACUUGGGAAGGGAAUGGGGUGGGCUGCCAGAGCAAGAGCCAAUAGUAAACACUGUAGUAUAUCCUAGCAGACAGGCAAUGAUCAGCCAUCCGAACAGAGUGAAGCAAAGGGGAAGAAA